UUUUAUUUUUAUUUUAACUAUAUUAAUCCAUUUCGGCGUAACAUUCCAUAAGAUGAAGGUGUUGAAAUUACUCGUUUGCAAAAAUCAAAGUGUAUAAAAUUAAAGAAGGUGAAAAUGAGAGCGUUGUUGGGUAAGCUAGCGAAGGCUGCACCCGUGGCGUUCAGUGGCGCUUCCAAAUCAAAUUUUGCUGAUCCUCGCUUUCCAUUUGGAGCUAUUGCAGCCGUUGCUGGCUGCGUCUCUUAUUAUUACUGCUAUUCUUCUCCUAAUUUGGUGUACUCGGAGCAAAUCAAUGAAGAUUCUGGUAAAAAAAUUGCUCUAAAUCCUGAUAAGUGGAUUGAAUUUAAGCUGGAAGAUCGAGCAUCAGUUAGCCACAACAGUCAUCUGUUCAGGUUUUCGUUUGAUCCUUCUUCAAAGUUAGGUCUUGAUAUUGCAUCUUGCAUUCUUACGAGGGCACCAAUGGGAGAAAAUGCUGAGGGAAAACCAAAAUACGCCAUUCGGCCUUAUACUCCUAUAUCCGAUCCAGAAGCCAAGGGAUACUUUGAUUUAUUAAUUAAGGUUUAUCCAGAAGGGAAAAUGAGCCAGCAUUUUGCAAGACUGAAGCCGGGUGAUGUACUUCAAGUGAAAGGGCCUAUUGAGAAAUUGCGUUACAGUCCAAACUUGAAGAAACAUAUAGGCAUGAUUGCAGGGGGCAGCGGCAUCACUCCAAUGCUCCAGGUGAUAGAGGCCAUUCUUAAGAACCCUGAUGAUAAUACUCAGGUCUCGUUAGUUUAUGCUAAUCUGUCACCUGAUGACAUACUGCUAAAGAAGAAACUUGAUGUACUUGCAGCCACCCAUCCAAAUCUCAAGGUAUUUUACACUGUAGAUAACCCAACGAAUGAUUGGAGAGGCAGCAUAGGUUACGUAUCGAAGGACAUGAUUAUAAAAGGACUACCUCCGCCUGGUGAUGAUACACUUAUCCUUGUAUGUGGGCCUCCUGGGAUGAUAAAACAUUUAUCUGGCGAAAAGCCAAAUCCUCGUGAGCAAGGCGAGUUAACUGGACUACUCAAGGAUGUGGGCUUUACGGAGAACAUGGUUUACAAAUUUUAAUGGGUUUGUCAACUAUGGGUUCCUUACCUUUUUAUUGAAUAAAAAGCUUCACUUGAAGAGGCGCAAUACGACAACAUAAAGCGAGGAUUUGGAUGAGCGUUCAUAAAGCUUUCCGUAGGCCCUUGUAUAGAUUGUGUGAAGUGAGAAACUUACGAAACAUAAAAAAUUUGAUAUCUACUUGCUGACCUAGUACCAACUGAAUUUGUGCAGGUAAGUUUCUCCUUUAUUUCGUUUUA